AUGUCAAGCAGCUUAGCCCCAUACUCGUUCUCACAGCCGGCGUCAUCGUUGCAUUCUCUUUACAUGUCGUCCCACAGCGUUUCGCCUCCCGCAUAUGGGGGAGCGUAUGUGCCGGUCAUGACGAACUCUGCACGACAUCAGACAUUCUCACCCACCCUCACAUUCUCACCCGCCCUCGCAUAUUCACCCGCCCUCACAUCUUUAACUGCCCUCACACGUUCACCCGCCCUCGUACCUUCACCCCUUGCGUUUGAUCAGUCUCUUCAACGCCUUCCUGCCAUUCCUGUAUCCCGCCCUCAAAGCACACGAAGAUAA